AUGGCGUCGCCUAGGAUAGGGUCACCGCUUAUGCCGCGGUCACCCUCUAAUAUCAAUGCCAACAUGUCACCUUGUCGCGCAAAAUCUCUCGCCAUGAGAAAAUCUAUAUCGAAGCCCUCUACACAACCACCACCACCACAACAAUCCCAGAGGCCCGAUCCGGAUUUUGACAUGGCCGAGCAAAUGAAUGAGGAAAUCAGCAACAAGUAUGUCAAAGGCAAGAAGCUUGGUGAGGGUACUUAUGCCAUUGUCUACAAGGGCCAUCUGAGAUCAGAUCCGCACAAGACUGUCGCCAUCAAAAAAUUCAAAGUCGACCCUUCACAGCAGCGAGAAGGUCUGAAUGUGGACACCAUCCGUGAAAUCAAAUACCUGCAAGAAAUAUCUCACCCAAGCAUUGUCGCAUUGCUCGAUGUGUUCUCGUCCAAAGACCAAAAUAUCAACAUGGUCAUCGAGUAUUUCCCAAACGGCAAUCUUGAAGAGCUUAUCCGAGACAAAACCGUCAGCUACGGCGCCGCCGAUGUCAAGGCCUGGAUGGGCAUGUUAUGUCGAGCCAUCUACUAUUGUCAUUCCAACUUCGUUCUUCACCGAGAUAUCAAGCCAAACAAUUUGCUCAUUGCUGCUGACGGAGAAGUCAAGCUGGCCGAUUUUGGUCUUGCACGGUCAUUCGGCGACCCACGAUAUCAAAUGACCUCGGCGGUCAUCACCUUGUGGUACCGGCCUCCAGAACUGCUGUUUGGAGCUAGACAGUACGGUGGAGCGGUCGACAUGUGGAGUAUAGGUAUGGUCUUUGCAGAGUUGCUGAUCCGUCGGCCUUAUGCUGCUGCAGACGUUGCGAAUCAGGAGGUCUUGGCUACGGGUGGAGGAACGGUGGCUCAACUAGACAAGAUCUGCGAGGCGGUCGGCACGCCUAACGAAGAGAACUGGCCAGGAGUUUCCAAAUUGACGGACUAUUUCGACCUGGAGAAAAAGAUCCCAGUCAGAGACAAAUCCUUUUACAUGCAAAUGUUCCCCACCGCAGGAUCGGUCGGUGUUGACCUGCUCAUGGCAAUGCUGAAACUGGAUCCGCGAAAGAGAGUCACGGCCAGAGGAGCCUUGGAACAUGAAUGGUGGACAGUAGAUCCGAGACCUACCGAGAAGGAACAUCUACCGAAACAAGGCGGUGGUGCAUCGAAGAUGGCGGCUGCGGAGGCUGCUGCUCCUGGAGCCGUGAUGGACGAGAACAAGUUCAAGGGCGUGGCGAAAAAGCUUGAUUUUGGUGCUGCACGCAAGUGA